CGCUGAGCCCCAGCUGCGGGCGCGGGGCCCGGCCGCCAGCAUGCGGGGCGGCGAGGAGCUGGACGGCUUCGAGGGCGAGGCCUCGAGCACCUCCAUGAUCUCCGGCGCCAGCAGCCCGUACCAGCCCACCACCGAGCCGGUGAGCCAGCGCCGCGGGCUGGCCGGCCUGCGCUGCGACCCCGACUACCUGCGCGGCGCGCUCGGCUGCCUCAAGGUCGCCCAAGUGAUUUUGGCCCUGAUUGCGUUCAUCUGCAUAGAGACCAUCAUGGAGUGCUCCCCGUGUGAAGGCCUCUACUUUUUUGAGUUCGUGAGCUGUAGUGCAUUUGUAGUAACUGGAGUCUUGCUGAUUCUGUUCAGUCUGAACCUGCACAUGAGGAUCCCCCAGAUCAACUGGAACCUGACAGAUUUGGUCAACACUGGACUCAGCACUUUCUUUUUCUUUAUUGCUUCGAUUGUAUUGGCUGCUUUAAACCACAAAACCGGAGCAGAAAUUGCUGCCGUGAUAUUUGGCUUCUUGGCAACCGCGGUGUAUGCGGUGAACACAUUCCUGGCAGUGCAGAAGUGGAGGGUCAGUGUCCACCAGCAGAGCGCCAGUGACUACAUCCGAGCACGCACAGAGUCCAGAGAUGUGGACGGUCGCCCCGAGAUCCAGCGCCUGGACACAUGAGCACCUGCCGGAGCCCUCCUCCCUCUCCUCAUGCCCAUCCUUUCAACCAAGUUUUCUUUCCCUCAUCACGUCAGAUUUUCCUGUGAUUAAGUUGAAUUUUGUCCUCUUUGGUAAAAGUUCAUUCUGGGAAAGUUUUUCAGAGUGGCCCUGGUGGCGGGUCCGUGAGGCAGGGAGCCCCCUGUACCCCGCUGUUCAGACAGAGGCGGGCGGGAGAGGCCUGCAGAUUGCCCAGCAUUUGGUGGCUGUGGGGGCAGCUGGCCUUCCUGGCUGCCGCGUCUCUUCUAGUCUUCACUGUCCCCAAGCACAGGCUUCACAUCUGACUCUGAGCCACCCUGUCAUGUGUUUUUGUGACAAGUCAAGAAUUUGGAUUAAUGGGAGCUGCCGGGAGGGGUAAAAAAUCAAGGAAUGAGCAGUCAGCAGCGAUCACUGGGCAGGCCCCCCGCAAGCCCCAGGGCGACGUGUCGUCUUGCUGCCUGGACCUUCCCCUGCUCCUCGUCCUCCAGGCCUGGGGCAUCGCAACAGCAGCACAGGCCCGGAACGCCGCGUGAGAUGCUGAGUGUUUGGCAACCGGCGUGCUGGUGGAGCUGUUUGCUGGGUCUGGAUGUUAUGGGGCUGGGAAGAGCUGCUGUCCUCUUGGGGCGGCUUGGCAGGACUGCUGCCAGGUGGGAAGGUUGCCUUUUGUUUCCUACCCUGCUGAGACAACACAUCCUCACUCGAUGGCUCUUCAAAUGCAUCACCUCCCCGAAUCCCACAUUCUUCUCCAGGAAUAUGGGACCACCUUGUUUUCCAGCUUUCUACCCACCCUUACUACUUGGAGGCCAAAUUGCAGACUUCCUGCAAUUUUACCUUCUCAGGUAAAAGCCACACAAAAAAUACAAUCCAUUCCAGCAGCCAGAAUGCUUGCCCGUUUGCUGGCUUCGUGGACCACAGGUCGGGACACACCUCUCCUUUAGGGAUGUGUGCUAAGUGUUGAAUGCCUGAGGACAGCUCUAAAGUGAUUCUGAGUAGGUUUGUCCAGGAUUUGAAAAUACUUGAAUUUCCACCACGACACAUCCUUUCACUGAUGUUUCGGGAGGCACAGAUUGUAGCUUUUGUGUGCCUCAGGGUCAUAGCUAUGAACAUGGAUCUUGGAAGUUUUGGGGAAAGAUUGUAGUUCUGUGAGGUUUCGAAUGGAUGCUUGAGAACGUGAAGGUUAUGUGGUGGACAUGUUAAACGAGCCCCUGUGAUGCUGUAGUGUUUUUGUUCUUUGCAUUUUUCCUGUGGGAGACCAAUUGUGUCUUUCAUGGGAAAAAUGUUUUAAGUUGUGGGGUUUUCGCUCUCUGAACUGUUGUUAAUGUUUACAAACCUCCUUCUUGCUCUGCUAUUCUGUGUUCAGCUGUCCCCAGGGAGGAAACCCGUCCUGCUGGGGGAACGAGUCUGCAGCCCAGGGGAUCCCCCAGAACCUCGCCUAGUGGUGGCUGAUGGCAGCUGCAGCCGGGCACCGUCGGGGCAGAGAUCGUGAGUGUGUGUGGGGCGCAGUGUGGCUGGGAAAACAUCCGGCCCCCCGUGCGUGGCAUCGCCCGCUUUGUGGAAGAGAGCGUCUGAUUUCCCAGGGCAGGUAGCCCUGCUAGGCGGGUGAAUCCGUGUCUGAAGGGUUGGGGUGACGGCCUAGCCCCCUGGACCAGCCCUUUGGUACCAUCUCAAUUCUGCUGUGGUUCCUUCUGGGGGUAGCAGCCCCGGUGGCAGGUGCGAGCUCCUGUCUGCGUCAGGGGCGGCGGGCUGGUGGGCUGCAGGUGCAGAGCCCCGCUGGUCUGGUGGUCACCCCCCCCCCCACUGCUUCCACACCGGUCCGAUUGAGCCCCCUCCCGUGUGUGUUGCGAGGCAGCACAAAUCAUGCUUCGCAGACUUAGCGUAUGUAGUGACUUCUGAGGAGAUUGUGACAUCUAGAUUUUAUAUCUGUUCAUUUUAUGUAUUUAUUUUGCAUUUGCUGAGUGUGUCUGCAUAGUCCAAAAUGGGCUCAUCUCCCUCUGAGAGUUCGUUAGAAACAGGGUCACAAAGACUCAAGCUUGCAUUCAGCGGGGCCCACAUGGAAGGACCACCCUGAACUUUAUCAGAAAUCUGCUGGGAAUCAUGUUACUUGGCCUCAAUAAAAAGCCGCCUUUGAAGUGAGAUUGAAAAAAAGAAUACCACUCAGGCAGGAUUGUUGCCCAAGUUUUCCCAAGUCACUGCAAUAAAACCAGUUUAUCAUCUGGUGAAAAAGGGCCUAUUGGUCUCCUGAGGAUGUGUUGAAAGCUGCAAGAAAGGGUUCUGAAGCCCAUCUAAACUGCAAAUGCUUACAGGUGAUAAAAAGUGAUGGCACUUUGUGCCACAGAGCGACUCGGAGUCAAUUUGCAUCGUAGUGUUAGAAUCUUUGGAAUUAUUUAUGUCCCUGUAACUAUUUAAUAUCCUUUGUGCCAUGAGCCUCCCCCAUGGUUUUUGUAAAUAUAUUUCUGUAUAUUUAAUUAGCUCCCAGUACAACCAGCAGCGGCCAGGCCCAUUCUCUAGCUCUCUAAUCCGGGUGAGGCAGAUGCACGGCAGUGUGGUGGUGAGCACUCGUGGAGGGCUGUCUAGGGCGAGUGUGGCAACACUUGCAUUUUCCUUGUGUUGCCUCUGUGUACAAACAAGACAAUCUAGACUUAGUGGGGGCUUAACAGGAUUUUUUUUCCCCCCAAAUUGAAGGAAGCUUGUUUGUACAUUUAAUAGUUCCACUAUGGAUCAUAUCCAUUUGGUUUGGGGGCAUUUUAAGGCUGAGGCAGUCAUAGUGUUUAUCAAUUUUCUGGUAGGAUGAUGCUGGCUUUCAUAGUUGGUACCAAACUUGAUGGGAACUGCAGUCGUUGUGUAAAUUGGAAUUUGCUCCUGGAGACUGUAUGGUUGAAACCCUCAAGCAUUUGGUGGAACCUCUAGUGGUUUUAGAUGGAUGCAAACACUGACGUCUUCAGAGAAAGUUGAUCUUGGCACAGAUUUGGGUGAUGUGGUAUUUUUUUUUCCCCUCUGAUUCUCCUGCAUCUUCCUUUCUCACUGCUGAAGGCAUGGAGGGAGAGGUCUGUCCCUUUCAAACAGAGAGAUUACAGUCAUGGGGGCCUAAAGAUGCUCGCUGGCCUCAGAGAGAGCCAGGGAAGGAUGAAGCCAGUCACAGAUUAAAACCUCAUAGAAGUUUGAUUUAAAGUAUUUUAUUUCAGAUUUUUACUCUGUGCAGCAACACUUGUCUAAGAGAUUACUUUCGCCUGGCAAAAGAGGGAUGUAGUAGCCUGUCCAGUCCCAGCGCCAAGGCCUCCUGGGCACCUGGAGCUGAAGUGCCAGUCUGGGCAGAGCCUGGCCAGCCCUGGGGAAGGCAGUUGGGACCCAGCCUGGCUCUGAGGGCUGGGCUCUGGGAGGCGGACCACACCCCGAGUCCUCAGGGCACCAUGACUCCCCUGGGACGAAGGCUCUUGCCCACGGGUAGGCGUGAAGUGUAUCCAAUGUGUUGGAUGCUUCUGCUCAGAGCUUUGGACUCUGUUGAAAACAUGUCUACUCUUCUAAAGCCUGCAGCUUCAUCUGCUUUUCUUUGAUGCUUUCCUAGUGAUUGAGACUUUGGUUAAGCCACAGGCAGUCUCUUGAGGAGAGAAAGCACGUAACUCUGUCUGCACAUGUAUGCAAAUCCGUGCUCCUGACAGCAAAGCCUGGAGUAGCGCCUCCGUGUGUCAUGUCCUCCGUGUGGCCCCAGCUCACCUUUUCUUGCAGAUACUCCUGUGCUAUUUUAGGAGAAAUAAAAUAUUUCUCAAAAUAUUUGGUUCUCAAAUAUUUGGGUUCUCAAAACUGGCCCUCACAGAUCAAUAGUGUGUGGAGGCAGUGUGUGGCCAGUUUGGUGAUUCUGGAAGGCAGUGAUGAUUUAAGUGGUCCCCUUGUGUCUCUGUGUUCAAAACCAAGCAACCAUGAAGUUGUGUCACCACUGCUUGAUUGUCUUUUUCUCCAUAUUUUGCUUAUACAGGAAAAUAAUGACAUUAAACAGGUAGCAAAAGGCAAAAGGCAAAAAAAAAAAACACAAAAAACAAAAAACAGCAGCACUUUCUAGGCUGAAGGCUAUUGCCAAUUAAUUCUCUUUAGCAAAAUAAAAAGGUGCUUCUUGCCCAGGCACUGCCAUUAACUCGUUUGCCACCUUAGGGAGACGCAGACAUAACGCCACCUUCCUUGAACUUUGCAAACCUUCCUGGCUUUUUAUAAAAUCUCGUGUUUCUUCUCUCCUCAGCAGAUACUUCUGAGAUCAUUAAGAACUGUCUGGUUGAAAAGGUAAUUUGAAAUAUUUGACCUUCUACAUUGCUUUUAUUUAGAAACCAAUCUCUGACAGAAAACACCCUCAAUAUGUUAAAUCUGGAACUUUCUUCUGAAAAGGAAUGUUCUGGGUUGACUUUUCUUCACACCAGUAGAUGGCAUUUAUAUACUCUUAGACUGGAAACAGAGGAAUGGGUCCUGAUGUGUUUUCCCUUCUCUGGUCUGGAUCAUGUUUUUAUUUCAUUUGGAUUUAAUUUCUCAACCUUGGGGAUUUUUCCCCCCUCUCUAGUUUUUCUUAUUCCUAAACAGUAAAGAAAAAAGUUACCUACAAGUACGCUGAGCUUGAAUCAAUGGCAACUUGCCUAGAAUAAAAUUCAGCUUAUGGAUUCUUGAAUAGUACAUCUUUUUCAUAGAGUUAGCUUGUUGUCUGCAUUUUUAUGCCAAGACUUCAAUUCAGGUUACUGCUUAUCUAGACACCUGUGAGUGGCAUGUUUUCUUUGGGAUGCAUCGUACACAGAGGCCAGAGAGCCUUCAGUAAGGGGUUAGUAGCCUGGACUGUAGUGCGCUAUCAGAACUUUUAUGGUUCUAAUUUAGAGUAGGAACUUCUCAAAGGACCUUGAUCAGCUUUGUUGAUGGGAUCAGGGCGAGGCUGGAAGUUUCUUUUCCUAAUUGUGCCUCAGAGGAUAGAAAGUAGGACACGGUUGAUUCGGGUGAUGGUUUGUAUGGGACUUGGUAAUAGUCUGAACCUGUCAAAUCUGAGAAACCCCAGUAGGAAGCACCCCAUUUUACCAGGACACGAGGACAGUGUGGGGACCUGAUGUGCAUGCCAGGCAGGGCCAGUCUGACGGCUGCCUCCCUCUGUGGGCCAUUUUGCUUUCUUGCCUUUUCCAGAAUCGGUUUUGCAAGUUUUGAGAUCCUGUUCCCUUCUCUGCAGAAGCGAGGAAGGCAAAUAAUCAGGGCUUGAAGGGAGAACUGGUUGGUCCAAGGGCCGGCCCCCCCGGGGAGGACGCAGGCAGGAGGCCUGAUGCACCUCCAAGCUGGCCCCGGCCCACACCGGGGCUGCCUACUUCCAGCGCUUUCACUCUGUAAUCCAUUUUAAAAAUGAGCUUUCAGAUCCUGCCUCAUGAUGAAACUAACGUAUGUGGAUAAAACCAGUGCUUUUAAUAACUUGAUUUUGAUAUGGUUCCCACUGAAAGAAUGUAGGGAUCGAAACUAUUUGUAUAUGUCGAGAUUUGUAGGGGUUCAGGAACCCGUGGCAAAAACACUUAACUAUUUAUUAUAGGUAUGACUGUAUGUUUUUUCCCCCAAAACAGGUAAUUCUGUCUUUGUAUAUUUUAAGACAAAUAAGAAUUGCUUCACCUUCGGUGCCUUCUGUGCGUGAGUCACACAAACACUUGUCAAUCAUGGAAUUGAAAAAAAGAUGUACAUUUAGUUAAACCAGAUGACACUAUUUUUGUAGCAUGAUUUUAGAUUGUGUCCUUUUAAUAUUGCUUUUAGCAAUGAUGGUUUUGAGGUUUGGCCAUUAUCCCUUUUAGACUUCGUUACAUAUUUUGAAAAAAUUAAAGAAACAAUACCCACCUUGGCUAUUCCUGCCUCCUCUCUGCUGCUUUCUCCCCAAUGAUUUGUUUCUGCUUAUUUCAACAGUCUGAGAGUAAGAGUAUAUUUCUGUGAAAUAAUUAUGAAUCCGUAUAACUGCAUUUGGCAUUUUUAAACCACUUGGUCACUUGGAGCCACCGCUCACCUCAAACAGAAAGAGGAAAGUGGUUUCAUAAAAAAGAAUGGACGUCCGCGGUGCCCUGACCUCCCCCCUCUCUGGGGUGGAGAUGGUGCAGAGCCCCCGUGUCGCAACCCCGGUGUCCUGGCCUGGCGAGGGCGGUCCUGGGCCUGGCGUCUGCGGACGGCUCAGGCCACCCCCGGCCCUGCGUCCCCCUCCGCCCGCUGGCCUCCUCAGAUCUCACAUGGGCUCGGUGCCCCUUUCUGGCUUUCUGCCUGGACAAAAUAGGUGCCCUGCUGUGCGGAGCCCCAUGAAGUCGAGACCCAGCUAACCCGCUAGCUGCUCCUUUGGCUUUCCCACCCCUGUAGGACGCGAGUUCUGUCUGGUCAAGAAAAAUCUCGAGUAAACUAGCUGAGCCGUUGCAAAGUGAAGGAAUGGAUUUACUGAAACAUGAUAUUACAGCUCCUCUUUUGUCCUUUGGAAGGGUCAGACUACGUAAUUAUUUUAACGAAGGAAGUCAAGUCAGAUGGCUGGUAACUGCAGUGAUUCUUCACUGGUACUUGGCCCAGUGGCACUUCUGGGGGGCGACGUUAAUUUAACAACUAUGACAUUUUGCUUCUGAAAAGUCUAUUUCCUUUACUAGUUUGGACACAGCUGUGGGGCAUUCGGAAGGAUGCCACUUGGCACGCAUUGGUUUAUGCUGCUGGGGCGGGGGGGGGGGGGUGUCUCCCGGCUUCUCGAACCCUGGCUCGUGGGUUGGACUCUGUCCACGUGGAGCAGGUCUGGGGCCCCAGAGCCUUUGCCCCCGGUGGUUUGUCCCUGACAGCAGACAAAGCCUCACAUUGCCCUCGGUUUUGCCCCUUUGUUUCUUUUGAAGGACCUAUUUUUCAUGGUACUUGUGCUGAUUGUUUUCAUAGUGUUCAAAUCUGUAUUUUUGUAUGUAGAGGGAAAUAAUUUUCUCAACACUAAUCGCUAAUAAAUAUUGUACUAAAUUGUCAUGAAGGAAUUGUUUAAUAAAUGGACACAUAAAAGUGG